UCAACCAAGAAACUAAAAGCACAGCUCAGAAGAACAAUGGAUUGGUUUGGAAAAGGUUCAAAAGUAGAAGAUCAACCAGCCAAAAGUGACAUGGAAAGUCUUGGCAUAAGAUUCGAACCCAUCUUAUUCUAUUCCGAACGUAAUGAAUACGAGUUGCGCAUCGAGCUUCCAGGUUGCCCAAAGGAUCUGAUAAAGGUAACGUACGACCGGUCAUUGGGAAAGCUUAAGCUGCAGGGGCAGAAGCACAAAACAAAUUUCCACCAUCAAUUUACGCUUCCCGCCGACUGCUUGCCCACCGGAAUCUAUGGCAGAUUCCGGGGCGAUGUUCUUCACAUUGUCAUCCCCAGAUUGCUGUCUGAUUGGCCAGCUUCUAAAGAUGCCUCUUCGAAGCAAGAAGACGAUCAUCGAGAGACUUCUUCUGAUCAGACAACGACGGAUCACGAGGCAGAGGAAAGAGCAGGAAAAUGCCACCAAAAAUUGCCUCCUACUACUCCGGCGCCACGGCCGCCUGGUCAGAAAUCGACCGAUGAAGUUAGGGAACGAGAAGGAAAAGAUCGCGAUAAAUUACCGGCUAGGGUUCCGGCGCCACUGCCGUCUGAUCAGAAAACGACGGACGACGUAAGGGAACGAGUAGAAACUGAGAGAAAAUUACCGUCGAAGGUUUCAGCGCCUCCGACGGAGAAAUCGAAGGGAAGAGACGAAGAAUUAUACCCCGAAAUCUCCGCACCGCCACCGCCCGAUCGUGAAUCGAGCCGCUCAGUAAAGGAACUCAGAGAAAAAUACCAAAAGAAACUCUCUGAGAUUGCCGCACCACCACCGGUGCCUCCUGCUGCGGCUCCGGCACCGGCAACAUCCAAUCGGAAAAAAUCGACUGAUGUCGGAGCAAGAGAAGAAUCGGAAGAGCCACCAUCUACGGUGGUUCCCGCAUCGCCAUUGUCAAAAUCAGGCACAAAAGUUUCUGAGAACACUAAAAUCUUCGCUGAAUCGAAGGCUAACGAAACUGAAGAGAAAAAACGAAAUGCUGGCGGUGAUGAAAAAUUAGGGCUCGUUUAUACCGUUAAAAAAACCGGCAAGGCGGCGGUGGCGGCGGCGGCGGCGUCGUGGAAGGACGAAAACCGGCGAGUGGUGAUGAUUGGGGCUGCCGUUUUGGCCAUCGUGGUAAUUGGAGCUGCUUCCUUGAGGUCCUCCAAUAAAAAGUUAAAGAACUAAUUAAUUAACUCAUAACAAUGCGCCCUGUAUAAAUUUACUUUAAUUUAUGUAUAUUUUAUUUUAUAUUCAAAUAAAGUUGUU